CAUAGACAACAGUUCUUCAUCGACUUCUUUGGUUUAUAGCCACGAGGUUUUUAGAAAUAUUUCAAUUUAUUAGUAAAAAUAAUAAACAGACAUUUCUUUUUCUUUGAACAAAAUGCCACCCAGUAAUCCUUUACCGCCUAAAGAAAAUGCUCUUUUCAAACGAAUUUUGCGUUGUUAUGAACACAAACAAUACAAAAAUGGAUUGAAAUUUGCUAAACAAAUAUUAUCCAACCCAAAGUUUGCAGAGCAUGGAGAAACACUGUCAAUGAAGGGGUUGACCCUCAAUUGUAUGGGCAGGAAGGAAGAGGCUUAUGAACAUGUACGCAGAGGUCUCCGUAAUGAUCUUCAGUCUCAUGUCUGUUGGCAUGUCUAUGGUCUGCUUCAAAGAUCAGAUAAAAAGUAUGAUGAGGCAAUCAAAUGCUACCGCAAUGCUCUCAAAUGGGAAAAGGAGAAUAUUCAGAUCUUAAGAGACCUUUCACUUCUCCAAAUUCAGAUGCGUGAUUUGGAAGGUUAUAAAGAUACAAGGUAUCAGCUGUUCAUGCUCAGACCCACACAGCGGGCUUCAUGGAUUGGAUUUGCCAUGAGCUAUCACCUGCUCGGUGAUUAUGAGAUGGCAAACAGUAUUUUAGAUGCAUUCCGCACAAAUCAAAUGAAAGGCCCAUAUGAUUAUGAGCAUUCAGAACUUCUCCUUUACCAAAAUAUGGUUAUAGCUGAAUCAGGCCAGUAUGAACGGGCAUUACAACACUUACAAAAGUUUCAAAGCCAAAUUCUUGAUAAGUUAUCAGUUAAAGAGACAUCUGGCGAAUAUUAUUUGAAGCUUAAGAGGUUCAAAGAAGCAGAAGCUGUUUAUGAGGAUUUAUUAAAAAGAAAUCCAGAAAAUGUUAUGUAUUAUCAGAAACUUAUAGAAGCUAAACAACUUAGUAAUCCUGAUGAUAAAGUGGCCUUCUUUGAUGUAUAUAAGAAAGAAUACCCCAAAGCAAUAGCUCCGCGGCGGUUGCAGUUAACGGAUGCGCAAGCGCAGCCCGUUUUCCAACGGCUUGUGGACGAGUACCUUAGGCACGGGCUGCAUAAAGGCAUCCCGCCACUUUUUGUAGAUCUCAGGUCAUUAUACGCAGACCAAAGUAAAGCGGACACAAUAGAGAAGUUAAUAUUACAAUAUAUAGAGAAUUUAUCAAAGACUGGCACAUUUAGUUCAGAUGCGAAUGAAGUGAAGCAACCGGCGAGUGCGCUGCUAUGGGCGUACUACUUCGCCGCUCAGCAUUUCGAUUAUAAGAAGGAUACUGAUAGAGCAUUACAUUAUAUCGACGCGGCGAUAGAACACACCCCCACACUUAUAGAACUGUUUAUUGUUAAGGGCAGGAUAUAUAAGCACGCGGGCGACCCGGUGGCGGCGUACCAGUGGCUGGAGGAGGCGCAAUUGCUGGACACAGCGGAUCGCUAUGUUAACUGCAAGUGCGCCCGCUACAUGCUACGCGCCGACCACGUCAAGCGCGCCGAGGACAUGUGCGCCAAGUUCACCAGGGAAGGUGUUCCCGCGACAGAGAACCUGAACGAAAUGCAGUGCAUGUGGUUCCAGACGGAUGCGGCAGCCGCCUAUCAGCGGCUGCAGCAGUGGGGCGAGGCGCUCAAAAAAGCGCACGAAGUUGACAGGCAUUUCUCCGAGAUAAUGGAGGACCAGUUCGACUUCCACUCGUAUUGUAUGCGCAAAAUGACGCUGCGGUCGUACGUUGGCUUGCUGCGACUGGAGGACGUGCUGCGUUCACAUCCGUUCUACUUCCGGUGCGCGCGAGUCGCCAUCCAGGUGUAUUUACAUCUCCAUACGCAGCCUCUACGGGACGUGCCGCAGACCACAGAGCCUGAUACUGAAAACUUAGCGCCGUCAGAGCUUAAGAAACUUAGGAAUAAACAGAGGAAAGCGAAACGCAAAGCUGAGCAAGAGAUCGCGUUGGCAGCACAGGUUCAAGUAAAGCGUGAACAGCACCACAAAGCGCGCCAACAGCAGGAGCAGGGCGACCCCGAAGCACCGCAGCUCGAUGAACUCAUACCCGACAAACUAGCCAGGGUAGAGGAUCCGUUAGAACAAGCAAUCAAGUUCCUACAGCCCCUGCGGACCCUAGCCGCGGAUAGAAUAGAAACACACUUAAUGGCCUUCGAAAUAUACUAUAGAAAAGAGAAACCCCUGCUGAUGCUGCAGAGCAUAAAGCGUGCAUGGAGACUGGAGAGUACCCACCCACACUUACACGACUGCCUGGUGAGAUUCCGCUGCUGGUUGGACCGCUCGCAGGCCACCCUGCACCCCAAUGUUGCAGCUGUGAUCGAUGCCGAGACGGAGCCGAUGAUGCGCGGGCGCAGCGCGCUGCAGAUCGCGGAGGAGUACCUGGCGGAGGCGGGCGCGCGCGGGCAGGCCGCCGCGCUGUGGGCCGCGCGCGCGCUGCGCCGCCUGCAGCCCGCGCGCGCGCCGCACGCGCUCGCCGCCGCCACCAGCCUCGCGCACCACGACCUCUCCAUACAGGGUUGCGUGGAAGUGCUAGAAAGCCUCAGAGCUGGAGACUUCGGCCCUUGCGAGAAAGAAAUAGAGCAAUACAUAGCAGCAUGUCGUGCCAAGUUCCCUUACGCCAUAGCGUUUAUGCCGCCCGCCUCUGCUACACCCGCGUCCGCCCCCGCGGACACCACUGGGGCUGACUGCUCCGACAACCACGUGGACGAAAACAUACCGCUUCAGCCUAAAGAGAUUACAGUUAAUAAUUAAAUACGUUAUGUACCCAGAACCUGUGAGUUAUCGAUUUUAUGAAUUAAGAGCGUUGAAAUGCAUUUUUUCAAUCUCAACAAAAAGUAUCCAAAAAUUUACUAUCUACUUCUCUCGUAUUUAGACUGACUGAAACGGAAUGAAUGGCUGUACCCAGACUUUGUACACUAGGAUUAAUUUGUUGAUAUUUUUUUUUAUCUGUGGUUUAUGACAAUCAUGUCGAUGAAAGGUACAAAUUCACGUUGUGGGAUUGUAAUUAGAUUUUGUACACUGUGGGUUCUUGUUAUCACUUGUAUAAACUCCAGAUGUCAAAGCGUGAUCAUUGCCUCCUAUCUCUGCUUGUUGAUUGUAAAAUUAAAAAUGUUAUUAAAAUGUAUUUUUUUUUCCUUGCAGUGCAGGUUUAUGGAAAGUUUUAAAUAGAUUAAAUAACAUGAAUGCGACAGAGUAUUCGAACAAUGUAGUGUUUAAUCACAUUAUUUUUAUUUAUUUUAUCAUCUUGCUAUUUAUUGUUCAUAAUUAGAUCAUGAAACAAACAUUUCAAAGGCCGGCAACACACUAGCAACUUCUUUCGUGUUGCAAGUGUUCAUGGGUGACGGUAGCCGAUUUCCAUCAGGUGGAAAUCGGCUACCGUCACCCUGCCGUCGCCUGCUCGUUUGCCUUUCUGACAAUAAAAAAAGUUACAUAAUGUCAGUGAAGUUGUAACAAUACGUAAGUAAAAAAAGUCUACAGGAGAACAAAAAAAAACUGUCUAAAAUUAAUGUUUGUAUUCAAAAUCAACUUAUUGAAGUAAUAAAAGACGAUUUAUUUAAAUUUUACGACGCACUCUUGAUUUAUGUUAUUAGUAAAUCUUCGGAACAUGUGAAAGCAAAUACCAUACUCUGAAGCUCAUAACAGAUGACUUCAAAUGUAAAUUUGACCCAUUUCUUAGAGAUCUCACCAUCUCUGUACUCAUCUUCUAAUGGUUGCUUUUCCAAUAAUAAAGACGAAGUUGUAAUAGUCUUUAACUAUUUUGGGAGGCAGUUAUUUACAUAUAUAUAUGCUGUUGAUUCUUAUAGUAACUGUUCCACUAAAGAGCGAGCAAAAUUUUAAGACUUUUCUUUACACGAAGAUAAUUUAUAUUCUCUUAAAGAUCAGUUACAAGAACGUUUUCUUGUGACAAUUGUCCAAGAGUAUGUUAACCUAUUGGCUCUAAUUUAGUUGAAAAUGCCACAGGUUGCUGCGGUAGAUUUUCAUUUAAAAGUAAAGUCACAGCUAAUUCAUCAAUAUAUGAGGACGGAAAUUUAGAUUAAUUAUGAACGAGCAAGUUAUUGAUAUCUAUAUUUUCUUACUCUAAACUAAAAAAGUUAUUAUUAGCACACCACUAAAUAACGUAAAUAAUUACCUUUGCCAUAGGUAAAUCUUACAGACGACUUUGCAGGUUACGAAUCUAUAUGCUGACAAGCCAACACUGCGUAAGCCAGUCAGGCUUACGCAGUGUUGGCCUUGGUAGUUUACUUAUGUAGUGUUACUUUUAUUGAAAUAUGCGGCACGUCUUUUUAAAUAUCUCGUAUCUGAUUAAGUGGAAGAGAGCGUGUCAUAUUUAUCUAUUAAAUGGUAUCACAAUGUUAAAACUGCCAAAAAAUUACUUCGGCAAUGUUAGAACUUCACUGACGAUAAGAUGGUACAAUUAAUGUCAAAUUUUCUACAAAAAAUUCUGGGCGUUGCAAUUUACAUUACAUUAAAACAUUAAAAUUUUUAUAAAUUUAUUUUUAAAUGUAAUUUAAAGUUGUUUUAAAUUUAUUUUUAGUAUAAGUAGAUAUUUUUUCUAGAUGCUAAAAUUAAAUUCAAUUGGCUUCACAACAACCGGAAUAACACUACAGCAACUGAAGCUGUCAAAUGGUACAUCCCUAGUUUGAAUUAGUUUCUGUUUGAAAAGGCAACUGUGAACAACUCAAGUAACCGAGCCGCAGGACUUAACUCUUAGCUUUAUCGUUAUGGGCAAGAGUGGGUUUCAAAAUGGAAAACGCUUACCCUAAUAUUAUUGUCCUAAAUUUUAUCUCACUAUUUCGAAUAACUAAUAAAUAUGGGUUUAGUUUUGAGGCACCAUUUUCUAAAUCGAUUAAGGUAAAAUUUAAUUCGAUAGUUUAGACAAAUUAUUAUCGUUAAGGUUAUUAAGAACUAAAUUUUAAGUAAUUUAGUUGAUACUGAUCCUUCUAAUGUAUAGUAAAAUCUAUACAUACAUACAUACAUAUCUGUCAUGCCUGUCUCCCAUUAGGGUAGGCAGAAAUAAUGGAACGCCAAAUGUUUCGAUUCAAACAAACCUCUUUCGCUUAUUCCACAUUUAUCAAUUUUUUCAUACACGCUCACCGGUUACGGGUACAAAUAAAAAGUAAAAUAAUGUAGUAAAAUCUAUACUAAUAUUAUAAAGAGGUAAAUUGGUGAGUUUGGAUGUUAGGGAUAAUCGCCGGUACUACUAAUCCGAUUUCGAACAUUAUUUCACUGUUAGAAAGGUAUAUUAUCACUGAGUGCUGUAGGCUACUUUUUAUUUUAAUAAGUAUAUAUUUUCAAUAAUUAAUCACAAUAAUUUUAAUCGAAGUUGGCAAAAAUUCUAUUAUAUGGCAUGUGUUGCAUGAACAGGUUGAAAUAAAGGAAUAAAUUCUGUAGCAAAAAUAUUAAUUACUUUUAAUUUUAUUAAGUCUGGGACAACAACGAUCUAAGUUUAAUAUCUCCGCCAAAAUAUUAUUUUUAUAUUAAAAGUACAAUAAAUUUUAUAAGUUGGGUCGCUAGCUUUCUUAAGGAACGUAGCAUUAAGGUCGUAGUCGACGGAGCAUGCUCUGACUUAAAACCUGUGAAUGCUGGUGUCCCGCAAGGCUGUGUACUAUCUCCGACACUGUUUCUUCUGCAUAUCAAUGAUAUAUUACAGAUCAGUGAUAUUCAUUGUUAUGCGGACGGCAGUACAGGAGAUGCAUUAUACACCGGUCAUGCAAAGAUCUCGCGGGCACAUACCGAUGAGCUUCGGAACAGACUUGUGUCUGAAAUCGAAACUUCACUCGAUAAAGUUUCGAUCUGGGGCGAACGCAAUCUUGUUCACUUCAACCCUAAGAAGAUACAAGUCUGCGCGUUCACCACAAAAAAGACACCGUUUGUCGUAUCUCCUCACUUUCAGGGCACUUCCCUCGAUAAUAAGUUGAGUUUGAGGAUUCUUGGUGUCGAUAUAUCUAGCGACGUCCAGUUUUGCGGUCAUCUGGAGGAAAAAGCUAAGUUAGCUUCCAAAAAGUUGGGGGUGCUCAAUAGUGUGAGACAGUAUUUCACGCCAGAACAUCGCCUGAAGCUAUAUAAAGCUCAAAUCAGGCCGCAUAUGGAAUACUGUUCUCACCUGUGGGCAGGAGCGCCAUAGUACCAACUCCUUCCGUUAGACCGUAUUCAAAGUCCGGGCAGCUCGAAUUGUUGAUGAUUGGCACCUUACUGUCCGACUCGACCCACUGAAACUGCGUAGAGAUCUUGCAUCUCUGUGCAUCUUCUAACGAAUUUAUCAUGGGGAGUGCUCUGAGGAAUUGUUCGGAUUGAUACCUGCUCCUGAUUUUCACCAUCGUACAACCCGCCAUAAACUAAAAUUUCAUCCCAACCAUCUGGACGAGUGGCGGUCCUCCACCGUGCGUUUUUCAAGGCACUUUCUUCCACGCACAACCACUCUUUGGAAUCGACUUCCAGCAGCAGUAUUUCCGAACCGAUACGACAACGUAACCUUCAAGAAAAGAGCAUAUUCCUUUUUAAAAGUCCGGCAGCACACCUGCAAUGCCAUUAGUGUUGUGGGUGAUCAUGGGCGGCGGUAGUCACUUACCACCAGGUGAGCCGCAUGCUCGUUUGCCCCCUGAGUUGUAAAAAAAAAUUUAUUUGAUGACGGGUUUGACGUAUACAUUACAAAUUCUUAUAAAAAUAGCUAAAUCGAAAUGGAAAUUUCAGAGAGAUAAAGUUUACUUUUUACAGCAUUUCAAUUAAUGCAGUUGGUCAGAAGAUAAUGCGAAAUAAAAACAAUAAGCCGGUAAAAUUAUUGCGUUGUCGCUGGCGCUGGUCGUGCGAGAAUAGUGGGCGGGGCGCGGAGGUGGGGGGCGCAAGAGGAACUAUAUAAACUCGUUUAUAUUUAAUUCCUAUAUAGGCCGUUCAAUUUAAAACCUUAGAGAAUAUUAGUGCAGUACUUUCAUACACGCCAAAAUACCGGCCUUACUAAAAUGUGUUGAAUAGUUUAAAGGUUACAUAAACAAAUGUACCUGUGCGAAGUCGGGGCAGCUCGCUAGUUCCUAUAAAGUGAAAUUUAAUUUUAAGUUUAGAGAAUGGUGCUUUAUAACGCAUCUCAAUGUUUUGUGUUUAACAUUAAUUAUGUUUUAGAGUUACAUAUUCUGUUAUGUUUAUAAAAAACAAUAUGAUUUUUUUUUUCAAAUAUGUAACAGUACUGUAUCGAUAAUAAAUUCUGUAUAUUAUAAGCAAUCUGUUGAACUAUAUCACUACGGAGACCUUGACAUUGUCACGCGACAAAAUUUAUUAAAUUUUAUCAAUUUAUAAAAAUUAUAUUUUCACUAAUACUACUGCUACUACAAAUAAAUUUUUCUAUAUUUUUAUAAUUUUUUUUUCUUACGUUAUUUUCCAUUUUUAAAGUCCAUUGUGUUUUUGUUAAUAAUAUCUUCAUCCGAGCACUUGUAAAACAUACAGAAUAGGGUUAUUUGCAUUUUUUUUGUAACCUGUAAUGUCAAACAGUUGAUGUCUCAUUUGACGAGAAGUGCUAACCGUCGUUUAUAGAGGUGAACAGUCACUUUAUACACUGUGACGCUCAUAGUAACCCAGAUAAUUUGAGACGUGUACUUAAGUAAGUCAAUACCACAUUAGAUCAUAUUACAUUUUUGGAAAAAUGUGCUUAAUAUUUUACUAUGAUAGCUGGAUUCAUUAAUUAUUUGUUUUUAACUUUUGGUGUUAAGAGAGACGUAAUCUAUUUCUAUGUUUGUAUAUGGUUGUGGUAUCGGAAAGCUACCAAUGGACGGACCGUUUCCAUUGUGGUUUUUUGUUUGUUUUAGUUAGAAUGGUUUAGCUUAGACUUUGGUGGUAAUCAGACCAAACGCCAAAGCUGGGGUCGAAGGCAUCUUGUUAAAUUAAAAAUGGAAUUGUAACUCAAAAACUAAACAAAUUUCAUUAUUCGAGAUGUUCAAAUUCAGAUGAAAAGCAGAUCAUUGGAGAGUUGAAACUUUAUAAGACAAUUGGAAAAAGUAUUGUUUUUUUUUUUUAUUUGCUUCGAGCAAUCCACUGAACAACAUUGAACGCACCUCGCAUCAAACGUACACAACAAAAGUAUACAAUUUGUAACGUGUCUGUUCAGCAUGUUGUGCUUCGUAGAUGCAUUGAUUUGUAGAAGUACCCACUUAUCAUAAUUUAUAAAAAUACGCUUGAGGACGACAUGUCAAAAUAAUAUAGAUAUCAUAAACAUUUUACAAUAAAUACAGCCUAACAAAGUACAAGUGUUUUAUGAUAACGCAAUCGACAUAUGUAUCAGUCAUUUAAUGGAAAGUUUCAUUUGUCACUGAAUGUUAUUUAUUGUAAUUAUUUAUAUCGCGACACAGCCGUAAACUGCGCUUAUGUAGUUGUAUUAUUUGGAUUCAUUUGAUAAUUUGCUGGUUUUGGGUGUUCAAGCUAGGUAACGAAUGUCACAAAGGCUCUUUAAACCCCAACGUAAAUAAACGGCGUGAAGAUGUGCAUAUAAUAGAUAUAGAAACUAAUGACUGUUAUCAGAUGAUACGCAAGCUCGUUUGUCUCUCUUUUUCUAUUAAUAAAAACUGUACCUUAGAGAAAAGAAAUCAGGAUAGUGAAAAAUGGACGUACCUUUUAUAUCGGAGGUACAGAAACAAUAUUUUAUAUAAGUUUAUAUCCGUGCAUACACGCAAACAUGUAAUUGCAAACGUCUUUGUAUUAUCAGUAAUGUUUUUAUAAAAUAAGUAUUGUUUGAACGCCGCGAUUAAAUGUUACCUGAAACGUAUCGGUAGCAUAAUUAUGUUCCUUGUUCAUUAGUUUCUAAGUACGUAUAAUAUCCUGCUUUUAUCUACUCAAAUAGCUUAUUCUAUAUUUGCGGCAUACAAAUUUCGUGGCGCGGCAAUAAUACAUGGACAUUUUAUACGCAUUGUGUUGACCUAAAACCUGCAUAAGAUUCUCUGAAGCACUUCUGAUGACAGUCGCUUUUUGUAGCGUCUUAUGGUUAUUCUGAUAAUAAUAGAUUUAGAGUUUUCGAUUUUGUGUAAAAAUAUCGAUCUUUUGAAUCGAUUCGUGAUCGAUUCAUGUUUGUUCGAUCUUACGAUAAUCGAUCUCCAUCUUUCCAUUUACAUAUCGAUUUAUGGAGAAAGUAAAUAAAAUAGCACAGGGAAAUUAACAAUUUUAAAAAGAGAACCCACGCUGUCACAUAAGAGAUGCCAAAUUCUCUGAUAAAAGAGAACAGAAAAAAAUCACCGAACAUGAUACAUAUCUUCAAUAGGAUCUUUAAAAAUCGAUUCAAAAAUCAAAGAUAGAGGAUUCAAAAGAUGGAAUCGAGAUCGGAAGCCCUGCAGUAUAUCCAGUUGUCUAGUCGGCGGUGUUUUCAAGCCCCUGCCAUGUUGUAAUGGCAUCACGACACGUAAUUUGUACAAUCAAAUCUUGGUAUAGCAUAAUGUAUAUUAUUUUAAAUUUUUAUCAUAAGUGUUUUAUCUACAAUUUCUGUAAUCUCUUGUUCUGUAAACUGUCACGGUGUGUGAGGCCUCAAGUGUUCAAACUUCAUGUAACGGCGUAUUCUGAUUAAGGUUUGUAGUACUCAAUACGACUGGUGUAUAAAAUGUGUGACAAAUUGGUAACCUCACCCAAUACUGACUACUCAUGAGGUUUGCUUUGUAAAUAAUUCUAUAUAUUUAAGUUUGUACUAUAACAAUAUCGUUAGAGUUGUCCAAGUGUUCGUCGACUUGGAUAUUGUCGACUGUGCAAGGAGUGGUAGACAGUAUGCGAAUGUUCGAAUGGAUCGUAACGUGGACUCAAAUGUAACGGUUUUUGUUGUUUUGUAGAUAUUUGUAAAGUCGGACAAUAAUUAUUGUAAUUGUAUUUCAGUUAUGUGACAUUCUAUUUAGCGCCCUGGCGUGAUACAAUUCUGUAUUGGGACUGUUUGCACUGAGUUUUCAUAAAAUAUGGACACGGUUUGGUGUAGAAGGCGCGAGUUCAAACCUCGAUCACUUCGAUUUUUUUUUUCGAUCGCACAAUAAACAUUAGAAUUAUAUUUUCUAGAAAUGUCCAAUACUUGUACAUCGUAUGAAAUAAUUUUUAUCAUUGUUAUUUAUGCUACACAUAUUGAAGAUAUAUAUAUAUAAUUUAGUUCUAUAUAGAUUAUCAAUACUCAGUGCAAGUAGACUCUCUAUUUUAUUUGCCGACAAAUUAUGUUAUGUAUAAUUGAUUGAAAAUUAAUUGAGAACCACCAUGUUGAUUUUAUGUCUUCAGAGUCGUGUGGAUUGGACUAUUUGUCACUUUCAUUCUUGUACAUAAAGUAAUAAAAAUUUAUUUUACAAAUUUA